GAAAAAGGGAUAAACUUAAGUGAUGCAUCAUCUUUAUUGACCAAACUUUUAGAGUUUCAAGCUAAUGAUCCACAAUGGUUUGUAAAACUAUUAAUAGAUGAUAAUCAUCUAAUUGGAUCAUUUUACCAUGAUUUCCUUAAGGAUUUUAAAAAUAUUCAGCAUUCUCACUGUGAAGAAGUAUUUGAACAGAGAAUUCAAGGUCUAAUUGAAAAAUACAAAGCAGGGGAAAAAUAUAUAACAAUGUUAUUAGAUCGAAAAUAUACAUGGGUAAAGUGCUUCACAUCUCGCUGCUUUACAGCAGGAACACAAUCAACACAACGUGUCGAAUCAGAGAAUGGAUUAAUUAAAAAGGCUAUACAGUCAAGCUCUUCUUUUUUGGAAGUUCAAGAAGCUCUGGAAAAUCGACUUGAAUUUGAGUCGAUUAAUAAUCGCUAUUCAAUUUGGAAAUCAUCAACAUUACAGUAUACUCAACCAUUUAUUAUACAAACAUUUUUUACCAUAUCUAUGUCAGAAAUUUUAUUAUCUGAUGAUGAUUUGUUUGAACCAUUUUUUGAAAAAGAACUGGAUGAUAAUUUAGAUAUUCUACUUGAAGCAGAUGAAGAUCGAGAACUUAAUUUACAAUCUUUAAUUUCAAUAGUUAACCACAAUGAGAUUUUAGAAAUUUGGAAAGAUGAAUAUUUUGAUUCGGGUGAGAACUACUUUAAUGAAAUGGCAGUAAGUGACUCUAAUCAUAGUGAUACACCAAUUAUUUCAGAAUUUACUCGCAAAUAUACUAUAGCUGAUCUUUCAGAAAGUGCUAUAAACAAAUAUCAAAAA